AUGCUUCCCAGGUCCUACACACAUUCAACCACACUAGUGACGGGUCUAAUACUCAUCCUGGGCGGCUAUACCUACCAUGUUUACUACCAGAAUUCUGUACUCUCGAAGAUCCAGAACGCGUUCUACAACAAGGUCUCAAACAGUAACCAUGAUUCCGACACGCCACGCAACACAGAGAAAUUCUACAUACAGCGCCCAGAGCAACCGCUCAUCGACGAGAUUGUCCGUGGCAACGAAGCGGGACAUUACUGGCUUAUCUUCGGCGAAAAGGGCACAGGAAAGACGAGCAUGUUGGUCCAUGCCAUGCGAGAUAUACAUGGACAGGGCGUUGUCUUGCUCGAUGCUCAUGAUGAUAUUGACGUUUUCCGGCUUCGACUAGGCAGGGCGUUGGACUUUGCGUACAGCGAGGACUAUCUCGGGGGAUGGCUUAGUAACCGGGAACCGCGGGACGGAACGGCCUUGUUGGAUAUUGAGCGGGCGAUGAAUAGCCUAGAGAAGGUAGCUAUUCGGCAUCGGGAGACGCAUGGUAGGCCGUUGGUCUUGGUUAUCAACGAUAUCCACCAUAUUCAGGAUGAUACUGAGAAUGGGCGCCGGUUGCUGACGUUGCUUCAGCAGCGGGCUGAGUCUUGGGCUGCUGGGGAACUUCUCACGGUCGUUUUUACGAGCGAUGAGUAUCGGACGAGUGACCUUCUGAGACUGCAUGCUGCAAGGAUGAAUGUGCUAAAUGUGCGAGAUAUUACGGUGGAUUUGGCAGUCCAGUCGUUGAAGGAAUAUUGGUUACACGCGUUCUGGGAGGAGGUUCCUGUGGAAACUCUGGAACGGAUAUAUAGUAUGGUGGGGGGACGCUUGAGCUUCGUGGACGAAAUUGCGAAAUCGAGAGAUAUAUUGAAGACGUGCGAAUCAAUAUGUGAACGGUGGUUUCUCAAGAAGUGCUGGAUUUUGGGUAAAAAUAUGCACGAGGGCGCGAAGGAACAACAGGAAUAUUGCCUUCCUGGUAUUCCAUUGCACAAAGCUCAGGAGAUGAUGACCCGAGCAGACCUUCCUGAGAAGCUUAAUCAGAUGAAUAUCAUAUCUAUUGACGAUAAUGAUAUUGUUACGGCCAGUUCAGUGCCGAUGCAGAGCGCCUUUCGGGCCGUGUGUUCCGAAGACGGUAUUAAGAAAAAGCUAAAGGCUACAACUGACAGACUAAACGAGAUUGAGAGUCUUGAGAGGACAACAGAGAUAACUAUGAAGGACUUGGUAAAUGAUGGUCAAUACGAGAUCAGCAAAGAGCGUGGAAUUAGGGGGGAGAAGAAUAUCCGUACAUCUUAUCGGAAGCCUCUUAGCUACUCUUCCUGGAGCUGGUAA